AUGACUCUGGCAAGUGGGGGUGAUAAUGUUGUUCUAGGUAUACUAGUAGUAGCAGAUCAUUCUCACAAAAAUGAUGAAUAUGGUAAAUAUUACUUAAUUUUACUAAAUAAAUAUAAUCUGACGAAUGCAACAACAACCAUAAUGAAAACAAAUUAUUGUCCACAUGCUGAUGAAUACCUUAGUAACAUAUUCGUUUGGUUAAGAAAAAUUAAAUAUUGUCAUCGAUUAUAUCGUUUAAGUUCAGCAGUACUGAAAUGUUUCUUUGAUGAAAUCUACAUGUGUUUAUGUGAUCAAGAUGGUUUAGCCGAUUAUUUAAACUAUAAUCAUGCAACAGUAAAUUGUACAGAGAACAAAAGUUAUCGACAAAAUAAUGGUCGAUAUUUACAACGCAAACAAGAGGGUCAAUAUGACUUUGUUUGUCUGUGUCUCGAUUGUUAUUAUGGUGCUCUAUGUCUACUAACAAUGACGCCAUAUGCGUUGUCGUUAGAUGCUAUUAUUGGUUCGGAAAUCUUGACUAAUAUAUCUCUUGUACAUCAACCUACAAUCGUUCUUUUGGCGUUGGUACUUGCAUUGUUGAUGAUAAUAGUCGGUAUUGUAUUUAACACAUGCUCAAUAGUAACAUUUCCUCAGAAAAAAACGCAUGAACUUGGUUGUGGUUAUUAUCUGUUGACCUUAUCUAUUACAAGUCAAUCAAUUUUAAUUAUAUUUAGUGCACGAUUUGCUUAUCUUUUAUCUACUCAAAUAACAAUAUGGAAACAUUGA